CGUAAUUUUUGCACAUAUAUACGGGCAUGUUUGAUCUUGUUAUAUUAUAUUUGGAUAUAAAAAAGAUACAUAUUGUGAUAUUCCCUAUCAACAAAGGACAAAUGACGUGUAAAAUGAAGGAGAGACAUUGAUUAAAAAUCAGGAUUUGUGAACGGUAGACGAUGACCUAGCUCAUCAGAAACAUGAUAUGAUGGCUACAGCAGUGCCAACAGUGCAGACACAAUUUUCGAAAUCAAAAUUUCUUAAUUGGAUUAAGGCUGCAAUAGCCAUUGUUUACACCAAAGACGAAAUAGAGCCAGUUAUUGUUAAUGAAGUCAAAGAUUUCCAGCAGAACUCUCUAAAUACUAUUUCCUCAUCAAACAUCCUACCAGCCGGAAGCACAUGUUCAAACUGCUGUACGGAAAGUCUGAUUGUUUGUCCAACAAACAGAAUUUGCAACGCAAAACGCGGAAAAUGCAGUUACCAUAAAAACGCUGCAACACAGUAUCGCCCAUCUGGCUGCCCGAAUAAAAUUUGUCAUCAUUUAAAAUCUGAGAUUCAAAGCGCACAUCGAUAUCAUGGUCCGUCAUAUAAAAAUACGGACGCAACCAAAUGGUGCAGCAAUGCUUGGGAAAUUGCCAAAUGUUAUCUCCCGCCAGACGGAUACAAGGAUGUAUCGAACGCUGGAGAUACUGAUUUUAAUGGCAUCAUUAGUGUCAUUAUUAAUCACAAAGGAUUUGAGGCGAAAAUAAAAGACGACCUGUCCAAGAAGAAUAAUGUAUUUGACAAGGGUAGAGAUGUUGGUAAAGCUGUCAGACAUUCUCCUAAUCUGGAGGUCGAGGAUACAGAUCUAACACAGUAUUUUACCAUUUUAAACAAUAUGUUGACGGAUCCUGGAUUCAUAGCAUUGAAUAAAUCACCAAACAAUGCAAUUCAAAAAUUGGCAAAGCUUCAAAGUGACGAUUUGAUCAUUGGAAAAGACGUUGUACGUAAAGUUUUGGAAGAUGUGGGAAAAACGAUUCAGGAACAAAUAAGAAAUGAGAUGGAUGAAUACAAACAGGAGACUGAAAAAAGAAAAUUAGAGCUUAUUGACAUAAUUAACUUAAAAGUAAAAGAUAUUGAAGAUAAGGGAAAUGUUUCACUUGCCAAGCUGAAUGAUGCGAUAAAACUCGUCCAUUGAUGCUUUUGAUGCUAAGGUAAAACAAUCGAUUAAGGAGAUAGAAAACUUGGCAAGAAAAGGAAAAGAAACCCUUGAAAGUGUUGCCAAUGAUGGAGUUCAAAACGUCAACAAAGAAAAAGGAAAAUGCAAUAAAGGAGAUACAAAAAGCUGCAGAAAAAUCCAGAGGUAACGAUGCCGAUGCUGAGAUCUCCGAGGAAACAUAUCAAAAGAAGAAAAAAGGUAAAAAAACAACCAUAAUUUUAUCACCAUUAUGAAUAAUAUAACAAGCUCAACAUUAACAUACAUGCUAAUAUCAUGCUUAUCGUUCUUAGAAGAAACAUCAUAAAGCUGAAAACAUUUUGAAGAACACGCUUCAUAUUUUCAUUAUGAGUAUAAGGUUUUGUAUAUAUUUUAUGCACAUGGAAAUAUAAAAUAACGAUAGUUCUAAUAUAUAUUUAAUAUAUAAUUAAUUAUUAUAUAUAUAUUUAUUUGGUAGGAUGAUACUUUGCGUGGUCUUCUUCAUUUGGAAUAAGUUUUAAGUCAGUUGGGUCAAGGGUACGAGUGCUAAAAAUUGAAUUUUACACAUUUGCUCAUAUAGCCUUCAUUUAUGGACAGAUGCCUUUCAUAUUUGGUAGGAAAAUAUCUUGCACGGUCUUCUUCCUUUGGAUCAAGUAAGAAGUCAGUGGAUGAAGUUCAAAAGUGCCAAAAUGGUUUCUGACACAGAGGCUUUUACAGUCUUUAUUUAUUGAAUGAAGUUUACUAUAUUUGGAAGGAACAUAUCUUGGAUGGUCCGGUGUUGGGAAUUACAAGAUUAAUGAAAUUGAUUCUAACAGUAGAUUUCUUACAAUUUUUAUACAGCCUUUGUAUAUUUUUUUCAAUGUCUUUACAAGAAACAUACCUUAGGUUUUUCUUCACGUUUGGGUGGAGUUUUGGGGCACUGUGUUCAAGGUAAAUUUCUACCUGUACCAUUGGCUUCAUAAUUUACACACUUACUAAUCCAUACAAAGUAUAUGAUUUGGGCAAGUUACAUAACUAUGGCUUCCAUUUGCACAAAGUUAUGGCCCUUUUCAGCACCUAGAAAAUGAAUAAUGGUUAACCUAAACCGGCAAGUUGAAAAUAUCUUAUGUUCUAUCUGAACUAAUUGCUUAAUAAUUUUCACACUUACUUAUC